AUGGGAAUUAUGGCCAUAUACUCUCUGUCCAAUAUUCUGUACUCAAAAUGCAAUGUAUGCUGCUGUCAAAUAUCUUUGAAUCCACGAUUAGAAGUCAUUGGUAGCCAUAUUUUUGAUAGCACGCUCGAUUUGUAGAUGGUCAAGAAAUGAACAAAAGAAAAAAGGAUGAUUAGGGGAGCCGCUGUUUUUGUUGCACUUGUUGGAAUGUCUGUCAUUGUUCGGGCUAUAAUAAGGAAGAGAAUACCUCGUAUUACCUAUGGCUCGAUGCAUGAAAAAGAAAAUUUGGCAAUGUGAUGUGAUGUGUAAAAACAUGUUAAGGUUUGAAAGAGCUCCAUUCUUUCGAUUGUGUGACAUAUUGAGGGAUUGCAAGUUGCUUUUAAUAGUCCACAUGUAAGUGUGGAGCAACAAGUGGCGAUGUUUUUGCAUACUAUUAGACAUAAACCUUCAGAAUAGGGUUGUUUUUCCAUAUUACCAUAUAUUAUUGCCUUAAAACAAACCAUUGGCACCAAUAUUUGUUUUUUUUUUAGGAAAAUUCCACCUAGUUGAUGCCGGUUAUGGAGCCAAGCCCGGGUUCUUGCCACCAUUUCGUGGUGUGAGAUACCAUUUGAACUAGUGGGGCAGCAAUCCGGUCCAAAACGAAAAAAGGAGCUAUUCAACCUUUAGCACUCAUCUCAAGAGUGCUGUAUACCAGGUAACAACCAUGAAGGUCAAAAUUCUUCAGUGGCAUGCGGUGGCUUCUUGGACAUGGGACGCACAGGAUGAGACAUGUGGCAUAUGCAGGAUGGCUUUUGACGGCUGCUGCCCUGACUGUAAGUUCCCUGGUGAUGAGUGCCCAAUCAUCUGGGGUGCCUGCAACCAUGCUUUCCAUCUUCACUGCAUACUCAAGUGGGUCAAUUCUCAAACAUCAACCCCCCUUUGCCCCAUGUGCCGUAGGGAGUGGCAGUUCAAGGGCUAAGGACAUCUCAAACUGUGUCAGUACCAAGCAUUUUCAUAUCUCAUAGAGCACUAGAAUGGAUGUUUAACUGGAAUGUAGUUGUGUUGUCUUGUAAGUGGUUGGCAUACUUUCUGAAAUCAGGCAUCUUUUAAGUGAAAUUGUGAGACCUGAGCCACAGCUGUUGUGCCUUUUCAAGUUGUGACCAUGCAAAUGCAA